AUGUUCAACAUGAAAACAAUGGUGUGUUUCCUUCUUAUUGUGUUAACAAGCUGCAACGCUGCGCCUCGUUAUCGUCGUGAUAAUCCUACAAUUACUAUUCCUGUUGCUAAUUUAGCGUCGAUUGGUCUUACUGUUGCUCAGCUAGCAAGCGUUGGUGUUAGUAUUAAUUCUGAUGGAAUAUCGGUUACUAUUAGUGUUGCUAAACUGAUUCAGCUUGAUGUCAGUGUUGAUAAUAUGAUUAAACUUGGUGUUAGUGUUGCUAAUUUACUCUCGGUUAGUGUUACUCUUAAUAAUCUGGUGAACCAUCUUGGUGGUGUUAAUUGUGUUCUCCAACUUGUUAGUGGUACAACUGGUACUAUUCUCAAUCUUCCUAAUGGUCCUACUGCUCCUGCUCUUCAGCUUGUAAAUGUUAACGGUGUUCUCCAGCUAGUUAAUACUGCUACUAAUGGUGUUCUUCAGGUUGUUAAUGUGGAUGGUGUUGACCAGAUUGUUGAUAAUGCGACUGGUGAUGUUCUACAACUUGUUAAUGUAAAUGGUGUUUUUCAACUUGUUGAUAGUACGACCGGUACUGUUCUCCAGGAUCUUGGUGGUAUUCUUAGUGGUCUUCUUAGUCCGAUUGUUGGUUAA